ACCCGGUCCUCUCGAAUCCAUCCACCUCUCGAGCUCCUUCUCGAAAUCUCAAGCGAGCACACCGCGCAAGUAGCAGCGUCAGUUUCAGUUUCAGAGCUCCGCUUCCGUUAGCCGCCAUGCCUGCCCUCGCCAAGCCCGCUGCCCGCCCGGCCAAGCCCGCCGCCGCGGCGCCGAAGCCGAAGCCCGCCGCCGCCAAGCCCAAGGCGGCCGCCGCUGGAGCCGCCCACCCGACCUACUUCGAGAUGAUCAAGGAGGCGAUCGCGGCGCUCAAGGACAGGACUGGGUCGAGCUCGGUCGCCAUCGCCAAGUACAUCGAGGAGAAGCACGGCAAGGCUCUCCCGGCCAACUUCAAGAAGAUGCUCUCCGUCCAGCUCCGCUCCUCCGCCGCCAAGGGCAAGCUCGUCAAGGUCAAGGCCUCCUACAAGCUCUCCGACGCCGCCAAGAAGGACUCCCCCAAGCCCAAGGCCAAGCCCGCCGCCCCCAAGGCUGCGGCGAAGCCCGCAAAGGACGCCGCCAAGCCCAAGAAGAAGGCCUCCGCGAAGCCCAAGAAGGCCGCCGCCGCUGGCACGAAGCGCAAGGCACCCGAGAAGAAGAAGCUGGUCGCCAAAGCCAAGAAGUCGCCCGCGGCGAAGGCCAAGGCGAAGCCGAAGACCGUCCGCUCCCCGGCCGCCAAGAAGGCCCGCAAGGUCGCCUCCGCUUGAUCUGAUCUGAUCUGAUCUUAUAGGUGGUUUUAGGUGUGCGUUGGUGCUCUGGGUCUGUACAAAAGGAUGCCUCAUCCUCCCUGAUUUAGGCUUCGGUUCUGCUAGGCAGGUUCUAUGUACUAUCGCUGGUGGUGUUUAGUGUCUGGAAUGUUCAGGUGUCAGAUGUAUCCAGCUCAAACUCUGAAAUGAAUUUGCAGUUUCCCAA